AUGUCCAAAGCCCCAAACAUGGUCUCUUCACAGUGCGUAUAUAUUCCGCAUCAUCCGGUCAUACGAGAGAGCAGUCUCACAACGCGUUUAAGAGUGGUGUUCAAUGCUUCGAGUUUAACGAUCAAUAUGACAUCAUUGAAUAAUCAUUUGCUUACCGGUCCGAAACUUCAGACCAAUUUGUCCGCGGUCAUUCUCCGAUGGCGACAAUACCGAUACGUCUACUCCGCGGAUAUAGCAAAGAUGUAUCGGCAAAUUCGUGUUGACCCGCGUGACAUUGACUAUCAACGAAUUCUUUGGACCGAAAACCAAAAUGAGAAAGCGCAACCGUAUCAGCUCACAACGGUAACUUAUGGCACCGCGUGUGCUCCGUUCUUGGCUCUGUGCGUUAUUCGACAAUUAGUCCACGACGAAGGUCACUCGUUUCCUAUGGCCGCGUCAGUUUUGCAAGAGAAUAUCUACGUCGACGACGUGCUCUUCGGCGCAGAUGACAUUCCUUUUCUGCGACAACUCCGCACUCAAGUGUGCGCGUUAUUGAAUCGAGGCCAGUUCGAUUUGAGAAAAUGGUCCAGUAAUUCAGCGAAAUUGUUAAGCGACAUUGAUCCCGAGGAUCACGGAUUGGCAUGCAGCAAAACUCUACAAACCGAUGACUAUCUCAAAAUUCUCGGUCUCAUUUGGGAUCCACUCGUGGACGCCUUCAAAUUUCGAGUCAAUCUCCCGAAAUCAAGUUCAAAAACCAAGCAUUCAAUUCUAGCUGAUAUUGCUAAAUUCUUUGACCCCCUAGGGUGGGGCACACCUGCUACGAUUACUGCAAAAAUUUUCUUGCAGCAAUUGUGGCAGCUCAAAAUCGACUGGGACGACAUCAUUCCAGAUUCACUCCUGAAGCAAUGGGAGACCCUUCAACAGUCCCUGGCGGACUUCAAUGACCUUCAGAUGAAUCGUUGGAUUCAGAAAGGCUCCGACACCGCUCAUUGUGAGCUUCACGGGUUUGCAGACGCCUCCACGAAAGCUUACGCCGCGGCGAUCUACAUUAGACUAGUCUCUUUGGCCGGUGAAACGACAUCGAUGCUACUCGUCGGGAAAUCAAAAGUCGCGCCAAUUAAAUCUUUAAGCGUACCGCGGUUAGAGUUAACAGCAGCCGUGUUACUGUCUCGAUUAUUGGAGUUCGUGCGAUCCUCGCUUAACCUUUACAUGAUUCCGUGCUACUGUUGGACCGACUCAACUGUCGUGCUCGCGUGGUUGGCCCAACACCCUUCAAAAUGGAAGACGUUUGUGUCGAACCGCGUCUCCGAAAUUCAAUCUCGAGUUCCCUUUGCGUCAUGGCGACACGUUGCUACUGAGGAAAACCCGGCUGAUUGCGCCUCUCGUGGCAUCACCGGUUCGCAACUAGCUUCUCAUCAACUAUGGUGGCACGGACCCGCUUGGUUGCGAAGUCCUGCUUCCGAAUGGCCAUCUCCCAUUAAGUCGCCUCCGCCUGAAACUUCCCUAGAAAUUAAUUCGCGUCUCACGACUCACCUCACGCAAUCCGUCGAACCGUGGGAUCUCGCGACGCGUUUCUCGUCAUGGCCGAAGCUAAUUAGAGUAACGGCCUAUGCAAAAUCAUCGCAACAACAGUUUUGGCCUAUACUUGGCUCCAUUAUUCCAUAUGAUAAUGUUUUUAUGAUUGGGCUUUAUCAAGGCAAUGAAAAACCUGAGGAUGUUAAUGAUUUCUUAAAAGAUUUUGUCAAUGAGGCUACAGAAAUAUGUCAGAAUGGUAUUAACAUCAAUGGUCAACAUAUUGCAUGUCGCAUUGGAGCCUUAAUUUGUGAUACACCAGCAAAAUCAUUUGUUUUGUGUAUCAAAGGACAUUCUGGAUAUUCGAGCUGUACAAAGUGUACUACGGAAGGAGAAUAUGUAGGAAAUCGAAUGUGUUUCCCACAACUUGACGCACCACUUAGAACAGAUGAUAAUUUUGUACAAAAGAUAGACGAUAGUUAUCACAAGCCUGGUACAACUUGCAGUUUGUUGAGAAUUCCUUAUUUUAAACCUGUUACAAAUGUGCCAUUGGAUUACAUGCACUUGAUUUGUUUAGGAAUAAUGCGGAAAUUAUUGAAUUUAUGGCUUAAUGGAGAAUUAAAAUAUCGAUUACAACACAGAGCCGUGAACGAAAUUUCUUCACGUUUAAUGUUAUUAAAGCCAUCGAUACCUGUAGAAUUUGCACGAAAACCUCGAACAUUGGAUUCUGUAAAAUUAUGGAAAGUCACAGAAUAUCGAUUAAUAUUAUUGUAUACGGGUCCACUGGCAUUUAAAUCCAUAUUAAAGAAAAAUGUAUACAUACAUUUUAUGACAUUACAUGUCAUUGUAAGGAUCUUGUCUUCUAUGGAUUUACAUGAACACCUAAACUAUGCACAAGAUCUGAUUAUUUUUUUUAUCAAAACAUUUGUACAACUGUAUGGAGUUCAACACAUAUCACAUAACGUUCAUUAUCUUCUUCAUCUGGUGGAUGAUGUCAAAAGAUUUGGACCUGUUGAUAACUUUAGUGCAUUUAAAUUUGAAAAUUAUAUGCAGACACUUAAAAAAUACUUGCGAAAAGCGGAAAAACCGUUACAACAAGUGGUGCGAAGAUACACUGAAAAAGAAAAGAACUUAAAUACUUUGUCUGCUGCUUUAUCACAUUCUGAUUCAAAACAUCCUCAUUUAACGUCGUUACAUUUCAAUGGUCCACUUAUACAGAAUUGUCACAAUCCACAAUAUAAAGUUAUUAAAUUUAACGGAAUGACAUUUAAAGCUGGAACAUUAGUUGAUAGCUGUUGUGGCUUAAAUUGUGGUGCAAUUGUCAGUAUAAAAAAUGUGGCUUUUUGCGCAAAACGGAAUACUUCUGUCAUUAUUGGACAAGAAUUCUUGAGAAAAGAUCUAUUUAUUGUUCCGUGUUCAUCUUCCUUGCUUGAUAUUUAUUCUGUUCAUUCUUUGUCUGACUUGAAAUCAUGGCCACUUCGAAAUAUCGUUAAAAAAUAUUUUCUAUUACCAGAUGGUAAUAAUGAAAAAAAUAAUAAAAUUGCCGCUUUUCCUCUUAUGCAUUCCAACGUUUAAAUCUUACAUCUACUUUUACGCAGAAUGGCUCACAAGCAUGAAAAAUACAUAGUUGUGGAAUUCGAAGACGGAAUCCAAAUCAUAUCUAGAACUUGGUUGAAUAAUGAUUGUACAAAAGCUAAAUGGCCCGAUUGUUAUGUAACUUAUACGAGAUACGAUAAAGCAGUUAGAUUAAUGGAAGAACCUCAAGCCACUUGAAAGGAACAUACUGUUGUGAAAAUAUUUACAUCAUGUUCUAACUAUGCACAGGCACAACAAAAAUUAAAACUAGCUGAAGAUUUAUCUGAUGUCAAUACAUGUUCUGAAAAAGAAGAAUAUUUAAAAAAGUCACGUAAAACCAGAGUAGCAAAAGUAUAUUCAAGUUCUGACAACGAGAGUGAGUUAUCUGACGAAGAAAUAGAUUUAUCCCUUCCAAAACCUCCAAACAAACAAACUGACAAUAGAAAAAUAUCAAAAAAAAAGAACUUCAGCCAU